ACGCGCCGACUGCCAAGGUAAGAAGAAUUAUUUUGUUAGUCUCCCAAAAUUCGAGUAAAAUUAGUUGGCAUUUUUUCUAAAUCCUCCACAUUUUAUGUUAACUAGAUUAAGGUUGUGGGGAUUUUUGUGCAAUUUUUCUUGUCGAUUAGAAGGCAGGCAAAGUGAGUAAACGAAUUUUUCUGAAAAGUCUCAUCCCACAAACAACUGGCUCGGCUGUGCUUUCCCUUUUAGCUUGGGCACGCGGGGGCCCGCCAUGAACAAGUUUACUACCCGUUUUCCCUCCGUUUGGGUUUGACGCAGUGUAUCUCUGUGUGUGGUGUGUGUCUAUACCCCGAGUACGGUGGCGUCUGAAUAUUCCCGGCCCAACGCGUUCUCAAAAAAAUAUUUUAUUAUUCGUCGAAUAUCUCCACCGAAGUAGGGUUUUUUAAUCUUUAAACAGAGUAAAGGAAUCCAACAGUUUGAAUAAAAUGGCCGAUGCUGCUUCCCCCAAGAAACGCGGACGUCCUGCGAAGAAAGCAAUUGAUGCCGAGCACAAAGAAGAGGCUCCCAAGAAAGCCGAGAAGAGGGUAGCAGCCCCGGCCGCAGCACCAUCAUCCGAAAGCGGCGAAUCUCAGGUGAAGCGAGGACGUGGUCGACCAAAGGGAUCUGGCAAGAAAGCCAGUGGAGCCGCAGGAGCAUCUGCUGCCAAGUCCAAGUCCCCUGGCGGUGGUCGUGGUCGUGGCCGUCCCAAGAAGCCAGAAGCCAGCAAACAAGAAGAGUCUGCUGAAGAUGAGUCUGCAGGAGAUGAUGGAGAGUCAUCAUAAAAAGACGUGUUCAAAACUACCCACAAUCUUAAAAUGGGGGUUAUUCUUUGAUUUUCAUCGUUUUUUGAGUUCGACAUAGAACACGAUUCGACGAGAUUACUAGAACACGUCCCUUCAAAAAAAUUGCAGAAAACCAUUUCGCAUCAUACUUUCUUAAAUUUUUUUCUUUUUAUUUUAACACAAUUUACCCCUCAUCUCAUACCAUACUUUUUAAAUAGUAUCCACCCACUUGUAAACCCCACCACCACCUACCGCAAAUCGCCAACUUCAACUGCUGAUUUUUUAUCCCAUCUUCUCACCGUCGUCUCGUGUGCGUACGUUUUCCUUAACUCUUUUUAUUAUACCGUUUUCAUCCCAAACUUGAUGGAGUGUUACGUGCAGUUCUCUUAUUAGUCCCCUAUUUUUUACGUGGAUGAAUUCCUGGAUGGAUGAUACCCUCCUCCGUUUCUCGCACCUGUAAAAUCCCCAUCUCGGCAAAGAAACCCAACUCUGCCAUCCCAUCCGAUUCUGCACAUCAUACAUUGAAUUCGACAACUGAGCCACAAACAUAAAAAAAAAAACGUUUCACUCGUGACGCUAUCCUCAUUUUUUUUCUGGCCAUCCAAUACAAGAUUUCGGUUGAUAUUA